AUGAACAAUCACAUGGGCAACGAGGUGACUACUUCCCUCACCCCUUACAUCAUCGUCCCCGUCGCCCUCGUCAUCGUCGUCGCCAUCAUCCUGCUCGACCUGUGCAUCUUCCGAUUCCCGGUGGGCCGCAACAUCCGCGAUUUCCUCGUACGCAAGAUACCCUUCUGCAUCGCGUUCUACAGCUGA